AUGGAUAAGGCACGCCGUGCAUCCAAGGCGCUGGUCGCGGUCGGGCUGGGCAGUGUGUUGAACGCAUUUCUGGCCGGCUGCAUCCAGGCCGAGAAAUCCUUCCACACCGAGCAUUUCACGAACACGCACUGGAUCACCAUUGUAACGUUGUUCGCCGGUAUUGCCUCGAUCCGUUGCCCGUCGUUCACUUAUCUCACCACGUCGUUCAUCCUGGCUGUCACGCUCGAUAUCGCAGCGUUGGCCGUUUGUUCGGCUUGCGUAAUUGCCGAUUUCUUCAAUGUACUUACAAUCUGCAGCGGCUUCGCAGCAUUAUCUGCAAAUGCAUUCGUAACGAAACUACAGGUGUACGGUAUGCUCAGUUACAGUGUGGUGGAUUUGCUGCUGAGUGGCGCCUCGGUGUACGGUAUGCUCAGUUACAGUGUGGUGGAUUUGCUGCUGAGUGGCGCCUCGGUAGCAUUGCUGCUUCUCGUGCUGUCCUCCUGUCAUCGAAGCUUGCUGGAUGUGCAGGUGGAGACGCAGUCGGGGUUGUUGGGAGGCAUAGGUCUCGCUCUUAUCGCCACAUCGAUGAUUAAAUUUUUCGCCUGGACAACCGAAUUAUACUUUUUACGCUCCAUCGGCAAUAUGGCCCGAUACACUUUUAUCCAUUACACAACAGACGAGCCGCUCUGGAUCGCACUGAACGUUGCCCUCGGCAUUCUGUGCAUUCUUCGGGUACAGGCGAAUUCACCGAUUAGAAUUAUUACUCUUUGUCUUUCGGCUUCAAGUAUUCAUCCAACCAUAACUUACUUAUGGGUGGAUUACCGAUGGUUCUCGAAUUUUGUGGUUUCCAAAGCAACGUUCGUGAAAUGGGUGCCCGACUGGUUAGCAGUUCUCAAUUUGAGUGCUGGAAUCAUACAUCUGAUAUUGCUGAUCAUUCUAACGCUGAAACUUGUCGGUUCAUUCACGCAGCCGCUCCUGAUGAGUUUCUCUUCCGGCUUCAGGAUGUUUCUCUUCGUCUCAGGUAAAUCCUCCGUGCUACUUUCCCACUGUUCAAUUUAUGUAGAAGUAACGCUAACGUACUCGUCCUAUAGCUGA